AUGGCCAUCUCAUGGAAGUCAUUCGACUUCUUCGACGUCUCGCAGGUAGCGCUGCCUGACAAUGAAACCCGCCAGCUCUUCGAGGGCAACGAAAUCGCCAGCAUCUGCGCAGGCUCCGACAGCCUGUUUCUCGGCUCGAGCGAUGGAUAUGUCAGCAUCAUUGGCAAGGGCUGGAAGGUGAUGAGGACGUUUCAGGCGCACGAGGCGCGGAUCACGCAUAUGCGUCAAGUGGAGGGGACGAGCUUGCUGGUGACGGUUGCGGAAGAUAUGAGCAGUGAGCCGAUCCUAAAGGCGUGGGCGUUGGACAGGUUGGUUAAGAAGACAAAUAUGCCGACAUGCCUCAGUACCUUGACGAUCAAUAAUGGGAGGCGGCAGUUUCCCAUAUCAGCGUUUACUGCGCUCGACGACCUGACUCAAAUCGCCGUGGGCUUUGCGAACGGCGCUGUGACCGUCAUUCGGGGAGACCUUGUUCAUGACUUGGGGACAAAGCAGCGGAUCGUGUACGAAUCGGAAGAACCGGUGACUGGUGUCCAAUUGGCAACCCAAGAGAGCUCGACGACACUCUUCAUCUCUACGGUAUCGAGGAUACUGCAGCUCGCGCUUUCCAAGAGAGGACAGGGCUCACCGCCCAAAACCAUCGAAGACUCUGGCUGCGCCGCAGGCUGCAUGACGGUCGAUCCUGGGACCGGAGAUAUCAUUGUCGCCCGAGAUGACGCCCUUUAUACAUACAGGUUGGAUGGGCGCGGGCCCCCUCGAGCAUAUGAGUCUCCCAAGCGGCUUAUAUCCAUCCACAACGACUACUUUGCGGUUGCGGGCCCGUCGUCAGUCAGCAGCAGCCGGGAUCCCGAGGCCUUACGGAGGAGAUUUGGUUCAGCGACGGCAGAUGGUCUAUUUAACGCAUGGACUUUUGUUCUGUUGGAAGCGGAUCUUCGAGUGGUUGGCCAUACAGAGACACUCAUCUCUCCAGUUCGAUUCAUAAUUGAAGUAUGGGGAGAUUUGUUCACAAUUACAGAGGAAGGAAAGAUUUUCCGAUAUCAUGAGAAGCCACUUCAGCAGCGCCUUGAGAUGCUCUACCAGCGCAACAUGUAUCCUCUCGCAAUCGAGUUGGCCCAGAACUCGGGGAUGAGCAACGAGCAACAGAGCCUAAUCUAUCGUAAAUUCGGCGAUCACCUGUACCAAAAAUCAGACUACGACGGGGCAAUGAAUCAGUAUAUUCGAGCGAUUGAUGCCACUGAGCCCUCGCAAGUCAUCAGAAAGUUUCUGGAUACGCAAAGAAUACACAAUCUGAUUUUGUACUUGGAAAAACUUCACCAUCAUGGAAAGGCAACCUCCGAUCACACAACGCUCUUGCUCAACUGCUAUGCCAAAUUAAAGGAUAUCAAGAAGUUGGAAGAGUUCAUCAUGGCUCCCGGAGACUUGAAGUUUGAUCUAGACACAGCCAUCACCAUGUGUCGACAGGGUGGCUACUACCAGCAAGCUGCAUUCCUUGCCAAAAAGCAUGGCGAGACCGAGCUUGUCGUGGAUAUCCUGAUCGAGGACUCAAAGAGCUACGAUGAAGCGCUGGACUAUAUAUGGCAUCAGGAUCCUGCCAUCGCAUAUCCGUGUAUGCAAAAAUAUGCCAGAGUCCUCAUAGAGCAUUGCCCCAAAGAUGCUACGAAGCUCUUUGUGGAUUAUUAUACUAGCAACUACCGACCACGGCGGACAGUGGUGCUACCCGCUGAAGUCUCUGGAACAGCUACUUCCAGUACAGGAUUCACUGCCGGAGCGGCCAGCGCCGUGCAGAAUCUCACCAACCUUCUCGUCUUGCCUUCAUACAUUAGCCCUGCCACAGGCACACCAGGCAGCGCAAAGCCAAACGAAACUACCAUUGUACCCGACGAAGACGAUAUUCCGAUACCCAAAUACAACCCCCCACCACCACGAACGGCAUUUUCAUCGUUUAUCGAUCAUCCCGAUGAAUUCAUCACCUUUUUGGAAGCAUGUCUCGAGGAAGAAAAACUGCGAACUGUUCAUAGCAGCGAUCUGUACACUACCUUGUUUGAGAUGUACUUGCACAAGUCUAAUGAAAAGAAGGGAAGUUUGCACAAGGAAGAGUGGGAAGCAAAGGCGAAAAAACUGAUUGAGGGGGAGCAUGUGCCCAUGGAGAGCUCAAAUGUGCUUCUGUUAUCGCAUUUGUCCAACUUCCAAGACGGCACCGUUUUGGUCAAGGAGCAAGCUGGGCUGCUAUCCGACAUAUUCAGAUCCUAUACUACGGCAAAAGACACACGCGGCGCACUAAAGGCUCUGAGAAAGUACGGCCCAGAGGAACCGCAGCUAUAUCCGGCGGCCUUGUCCUAUCUCACCUCGGAUCCUCGAGUGCUGGAGGAAGCUGGGCCCGACGAGUUGGCAGCUAUCCUAGCAAAGAUUGACAAGGACGGGCUCAUGGCCCCGCUUCAGGUCGUCCAGACUCUUGUCGGGCAGAGUUCCGGGGGCGGCGUAGCUACAAUGGGCAUGAUCAAGCCGUAUCUUCGCGAGACAAUCACCCGGGAGCGCAAGGAAAUUGCUCAAAACCGGCACAGAAUAUCCACACUGCGUACCGAUACGGAAAAGAGGCGAAGCGAUCUGGAAGACUUGGGCUCAAAGCCUGCCGUUUUCCAGGCCACGCGAUGCUCCGAUUGUGGCCAAGGGCUAGACCUUCCAGCUGUGCAUUUUAUGUGCAAGCACAGCUUCCACCAGCGAUGUCUACGCGGCGGCGGCGAGGAUGACGAGAUUGAGUGCCCAAAGUGUGCUGGUGAGAACGAGGUGAUUCGCAAGAUGAGAGAGGGCCAAAGGGAGCGAGCAGGGCGGCAUGAGAUAUUCAAGGCGGACCUAGAGAAUAGCACUGACCGAUUUGCGACCAUUUCUGAGUGGUUUUCACGAGGAGUGAUGGAUGCGCAGGGCUCAGAGCAGGCUUCUUGA